GCGUUGUAAUCGCCUCCGCCGCCGUAACGGCGUCAUUGCGAACCGGACGAGCGCGCGCAACCGGUCGUCUUUAGCCGUCGCCUUUUUUCACGUCUCGCGCGAUACGCGUCGUUGCCGCGUUUUAUCAUAAACACAUAUAUUAUUAUUAUUGUAUAUUAUAUCGCGAGUGAAUCGUUCGCGAUGGCGUCGCGGAUACAGCCCAAGCAGGCGAGCGCGGCCACCACGGGCGUCGCUUGUCUGGUCGGCGCCGUCGCCUGGAUCCUGAUCAGCUCCAUUUACGUGGGCAACACCGAGGGCUGGCCGCAGUUCGUGCUCAGCGCGUUCGCCGCGGCCACCGUGUGCGCGGUGGCCGCCUCGUCGCUGGCGUACGCGGCCUACCAGCAGUACGUGGUCAAGCAGAGUCUGUUCGUCGACCACUGCACCGACGAGUUCGAUUACCGGUCGACGGGCCAAUGGGCCGUGGUGACUGGCGCCACUGAUGGAAUCGGCAAAGAGUACGCGCGUCAGGUGAGUGACAACAGGAGCAGCAGCAACGCCACAAACGUCAGCUUCGUUCCCAACGACGACCUGGGAACGGUGGACUCGGCACAUAAUCCGCUCGUCGACUAAUCAACGCAUUAUAAUAAUCUCACGAAUAAUGACAUUUUUUGCAAUAGUUUAGUUAAAGUAGUGACAGUAGAUAUUAUUAACUGUGUGUGUUAGGUCGUAUAACGACAUAGUUGUGUGUGCAAUCUUGUAGUGGCGUGUUCUUUACCUGCAAGUAUUUGAUAUUGUAUUUUAGAUUUUAUUUCACCAAAAAAAAACAAAAAAAAAAACAAAAA